GUCACUCAAAUUAAAAGUGUCAGAAUUCACCUUUCGAUGUCUCGUUAAGUCUUCAAGGCGAAUGCCUAAAUUAAUAUUUUUGUUAGUUUACAAGAAAAACAAGCGACAUGAAUGAUGACGUACAAAGUGAAUUGUUAGAAGCCGAAUUUCGUCAAAUUUUAAUCGCUAUUAAGCCCCAUAUUAACCAUAUCGACAACCAUUACCAUUUAGAAAGCUACAGGGUGUGGCUGGAACGGUUAAGCAACGCCCAUUUUUCCGAAAAGGCGGAGCGCAACAAGUACUUACUCGAGUUGGCCAAUCAGAUCCAGGACAAUGUCUUAGAACCGCCCUUCACGUACAACCCACCCAGAGGACUCCUCCCACGAAUAAAAACCUUCCACCGUCUGCAAACCGAAGACGAUGCGACCCGUAUUUCCGACCAUUUUUUUCAAAAAGACGAAAAUCAAUGGCCCUUUGUCACAUCACGGCCUUCUCUACAAGAAUCAAACAAAAAUUUGAAUAAAAGUAAAACAAACACGUGGCCCCAAAAAAGGAACAAACCCAUCAAAACUAAACUAAUUCGGCCGUUUCAAAAGCUCGGGUCUGUGGGGCAAGGUGAGGAAAAGAAGUCGGAGACAAGUGGCUCGUGGUAUGAUUUGAAUGAAAGUCCUUCCGGGACGCAGGGAUGUGGGGAUACAGACCAAGAAGACGACGAGAAUAAAUCAUUAGGGACUCAACACCUAAUGGAAGGCUUGAAAACCAAGGAAGAAUUCGCAAAGAAAUACGAAGAAGAAAAAAGCAAAGACAGUUUCAAUCCUGAGAAAUUCUUAGCUGAGGAAAACUCAAACCGCAAACCUACGGCUCAAGAACUGGAAGCGCUCAAAAUGAGAAUGAAGGAUUUGCUUGAAGUCAAAAACGCACUCAGAGACACUCACUGUUUGACACAAGACAGAAAAAAAACACUCGAGACGCUUCAGGCGAAAUUAUCAGAGGUGGAGCAACAAAAGGCGGAACUACAAGUGUUACUAGAGUCGCAGAAAAAGAAGUUUUUGGAGUUGGAUAAAGUCAAGAGUAAAGAAAUGAAUGAAUUUAAAGAGAAGUUUGCACACUUGAGGCAGAAAGAAGUCGACUAUUUGAAAAAGUACCACAAUGAGGAAAUUACAAGCUUGGAAAAGUCCUAUAGUAGCAAAAUUAGUGAAAUGCAGGAGAAGAUUAACAGUUUGAAGGAAGAGUACGAGGCGAAAAUCAAGAAUUUGAGCGAUUCAAACAUGACUUUGCUACAAGAGAAGGAACAAAAAAUACACGAACUGCAGAGCGAAAUAAAAAUUAAGGAGAGUCAACCAGUAAAUCAAGGAAAUUCUGAUCAGAUACUAAACUUGAAAAAGUGUCUCUCUAGACUGGACAGAAUCCUCCACCGGAACGAAAAAGAUUAUACGAAAAAAAUUGAAAAAUUGAAAGAGGAGCUGGACUUGAAAGAAGUAACAAGCCAGGUGCAACUUCAAGCACAGAAAGCCGAUUUGAUCGUCCGAACAUCAGCCGCAAAGCAGGAAGAAUUGAGAAACGCACUUAACAGUCUUGAAUGCAAGUAUAAGCAAAUGGUGGAAACUGUUCAAAUGCAUGCUUUGGAAUCGAAAAAACGUGAUGAAAGAGUGAUUGAGGAGCUGAAAGGGCUUUUACAGAAGCACAAUGUCCUGACUGCAUAAAUUAAGUGUAUAUGUGAAAUAAAUGUACGACCUUAAAAUACUUUUUAUU